CGACUGUCUGCUGAUUCCAGAGGCAGGUUGCCUUGUUUCUAAAUUGUCUGGUCGGCUGGGUUUAUUCCCUCUUCCCCCCUUUUCUCCCCCUCUUUCUUUCUUUCUGUCUUUCUUUCUUUCUUUCUUUCUUUCUCUUCCUCCUUCCCACUCACUCUCUCUAUCACCCCCCUCCCCCGUCGACCCGUCCACGUUCUUUAUUUAUUAUUGCAUUCAGUGAAAGAACCCCUCUCGAGUAACAUUCACCUUUUCCACACUGUUUAAAAAGGAAGGCCACCCCUUAACAAAAUAUAUACCGGGGGAGAAAAAAACCUCGAGGAAAUGGCACUUGUAAGAAACGGAAGAAUCGGCGACCAGACGGUGGUCACACGGCCAUUUGAUCCUCUUCCCUCUCGUCUGUCGCUGGUCGACGGAGCUAAAAUGCUGUUGUCGGCCCUUGUCGCGGUCACGCUUCGUGCGACCACGCCGCUCGCCACCGCGACCGUCUCCGUGGUCGCGCUGGCUGCCGUAUUCACCUCGUUGACAGCGUCGUCGUCGUCGUCGACGGCAUCGGCGGCGCUCCUGGGUAUCCAGCUCGCCGACGACGACGCCAGGGGUUCGAACCUCCGUAAGGUCCCCGCGAGCGACAGCGGCAGCAGCAGUGUUGGCAGUGAUGUCGACGGUGAGGAAAAACCAGCAUCGGGUACAAUGAAAAACUUUUAUUCGUUCACUGCCAAAGAUAUUAAUGGUGAUACGGUACAUCUCUCGAAAUAUAAAGGAAAAGUGAGCCUGGUGGUGAAUGUUGCCAGUGAAUGUGGUUACACUCACAGAAAUUACGAAGCCCUCGUGCAAAUGCAGGAAACUUUUGGUACACUGAAAUUCACAGUGCUAGCUUUCCCUUGUAACCAGUUUGGAGAACAAGAACCAGGGGAGGACUGGGAAAUCGAAAGUUUUGCAGAGAAACUAUAUAACAUCAACUUUCCCAUCUUUUCAAAAAUUGAUGUCAAAGGACCAAACGCUACCAACUUCUGGAAGUACCUCACAAGAUCCACCAGCAAGGAACCAAACUGGAAUUUCUGGAAAUAUCUCGUUGAUACCAAUGGCAUUGUGGUCAAGGCGUGGGGCCAAAAGACCUCAUACAGUGAAAUAUACCGAACUGUUCAAGAUGUGAUCGAAGGGAAUUACCAACCAAAACAUAUUGUUCACACAGACUUAUAAUGGAAUAAACUUACCUGACACCCCCAUUCAUAUUAACACAAA